AUGUCAAGCUCUCAAACUUCAUCCCCUUCCAAAAACGACGAAACUGUUCAUUCACAAACCACCAUAUCACCCUCAUACGAUUCUCUUCCUCAACAAAUCACAAUUGCCUAUCCAAUCUCAACCAUUUUUCCUGAGGAAACAACGAAGAGGAAGAAGAUUUCAGCGAAGAAGACAACGCCAAAGAAAAAUCAAUUUACUUCGCGUGAUGCAUCUUCUUCAAAAACGGGUAAGAAAUCAAAAUCUAAAUCUACACCUAAAGCUGUUCAUACGAUGCGUGAACUAUAUCUUGAUAGUCCUAUUAAGUCAAAUAUGGACGUUAAUGUUGGAGCACCUGGAAGUAGUAUGAAAAAUUUGAUGUCUGAUAUAAGUUCUGAAAACCUAGGUCUAGAAAACCCUAGGACUGCUGAGAAAUUGGGGAAACCCUCUUUAGAAAAGCCUGAUGAUAUUUUUGAUGAUAUUGGCGCUACCACUAAGGCCAAUCCUGAGUCUGAAAGGAUUUUUAGUGAGAAAUUAGUUCCAGAACAAGAUGCUGCAAAUGAUGCUACAGCAUCUGCAGCACAUGUUGAUAUUAGUACCUCUGUAGUCCCUGAUUCACCAAACUCUCCUGUGGAUAAGGGUAAAACUGCAAGUAUGCCUGAUACAAGAGAGGCAAAUGUAAUUGAUGUUGAAAACCUACAAGUCAAGAGUACUCCUAGGGCUGGUAUAUCUAGGAGGCUGAGGAGUAAUACAGGAAAGGAUAUAGCCACUCCUCUAGAGGCCACCAAAACUAAAAUUGGGCCUAAGAAACAGUGGAGCAAGGUCACUGUGCCCUCUGACAGUAAGAAGAAGAAUGUGAAGAGAAAAACUGUCUCCUCAAGUGACUCUGAUUAUGAGGCAGAUCAAGAUGCUGAAGCAUCCCCUGCAGCAUCUUCUCAGAGGUCUGCUAAGAGAAAAAGGAUGGCCCCUACUGUCCCAUCUGUACCUAUUGACAAUGUCUCUUUCCAUUGUGUUGAAUAUGUUGACAGGUGGAAGUUUGUAGUCAAAAGAAGAAUGGCCAUUGAAAGGAACCUAACUGAAGAAUUUUUGAAAUGUCAAGACAUUGUGAAUUUGCUAGAGGAAGCAGGACUGCUGAAUACUGUCUCUAAGUUGGGUAACUGCUAUGACAAGUUGACCAGAGAGUUCCUGGUAAACAUCCCAGCUGACUGUGAUAACCCUCUGAGUCCUGAUUACUUAAAAGUAUAUGUGAGGGGCAAAUGUGUGGAUUUCUCACCAGUUGUCAUCAACGAAUAUCUGGGAAGAAGUACUGCUCCUGCAGCUGAAUUAGAGACAUCUAUGAAUGAGAUAUGCAGGACCAUCACUGGUGACAAAGUGAAAGCAUGGCCAAGGGCUGGCAAACUUUCUGCUGCUAAAUUAACCACAAAAUAUGCUCUGCUAAACAAAAUUGGUGCAGCAAACUGGGUCCCCACUACACACUCCAACAGUGUAGCUACAGGUUUGGCCAAGUUGAUCUAUGCCAUAGGCAUUGGUACUGUUUUUGAUUAUGGCACUCAUAUUUUUAAUGCAACAAUUCUCCAUGGCUCUUCUACUGCUGUAAAAAUGCCAAUAGCCUUUCCCACUCUGAUCUGUGGUAUUAUCUUGUCUCAACAUCCUGACAUCUGCACUAACUCUGAUGUGCCUGUCUCUAGACCCUCAGCUUUAACCAUGGAUUUUAGAUUAUUGGAAGGAAAACAUGCUGCAGACAUUGCUGUAGCAUCUUUGAAGACACCAGCUGUAGGUAUGACCAAGAGACAGAUGAUUGCUAAUCUCAGGGAGGUUAGUAAUAUGCUAGGUGAGAAAAAGGAGCUGAUAGAUGGUGUAAUCCAAGCCUUGGAGCUUGAGCAAUCACAGGCAAAUGAGGAUGGAGUUGGUCCUUCCCAUGGCGUUUCUCAUGAUGAUGAUCUUGCAGGUGGUGACACUGUAGAAGAGGAGAUGGCCUCUGAUGAAAGCCCCUCCAUAUGA